AUCACUGCCGCUCCUUCCGCGCUCUCGCCCAGAUAGGCAGCCAGGAUCAGGCCCUUCCAAGUCCCGCCAAGUGUCCAAACUCAAUUAUCAUCUCGAUCAGUCCUUCCACUCGUCCUUUCUAAUAUUCCAUUGUUCCUGACUGCCGGGCGUCGUGAUUUCCACACAUAUGUUUUCCACAUCCAUAUAUUUAUUAUACAUUCCCAAUCACCUGUCUUUCUGUCGUCAUUUCGAUCACAGGUCUUUAUUUGUCCAUCUUGCCCUGCCACCCACAGGUCAUAUCAUUCCACUGAUGUGCAAUUCUUUCCCUUCGGCGUGUCAGAUGCAUCACAUGUCUUCCGUCCGCGCCGAUAUCGCUGAAAUUAUUUUAUGUUCUGCCGGUCGGGUUCCUGGACCAUCUCUGUCGUUGAACUGCUCUGGUGCUCACAUCCUCGCUUCUGCCGCAAUCUCCCACGUGCAUUUGCAUGUGCACCGCGCCUGCACUCGACAUGAACUCUCUCAGACUCAGAAUCUAAGGCACCAAAGGAUUUGUGAAUAUUACAAAUAGAAACUUAGAAGGGAAGAACAGGAGGCGAAAGGAAUUACGAAAGGUCCUCUAACGCAUUGUAUGGUCUGUCACAGCUUCACAGCUUCCAUCCUAUGCAUGGAACACAUCUCCUUUUAUAAAAUUUUCUUUCUCUACAGCAUACCCAUCUUGAUGCUCUGCUAUGCUAUUUUCACCGUAUCCACAGCGUCCUUCCCAAUCAGAUCGC